CGGGCUGCCGCCUCCGCUGCUGCUGCUCACGCCCGGCGUGUGCCCUGCUUCGGCCCCGCGCAGCGGCGGCAGACUCCUUGGGGGGGGGACAGCGGCCGCCGGGGUGCGCGCAGGGGGCGGUCGGGGAGGCGAGGCGGCCGCGCGGAUGAUGACGGGGCUGGUGGGCAGCCCGGUGGGUGCCGUCAUGCAGGAUGUCUUCGGGUGCUCCGUCGCCAAUCGCUUCUGCCAGCUCCUGGACGACGAGUCGGACCCGUUCGAUGUCCUGCACGAGGCCGAGCGCCGCCAGCAGCAGAGGAAGAAGCGCGAUGAGGCGGCGGCCGUCGCCAAGAGAGCCGUGCCCGGCGGCUGGGCGGGCAGCGGCAAGAGGGAGACCCAGAAGGAGCGCAGGCAGCCAGAGAGCUCCCCUGCGGCGCCGCCGCAGCCAGGCCCAAAGCGAGUACCCAGGCAGGGAGAACAACAAGGGUUCAGUAACAGAGGCACAGAGGGAAAACAGGACAAAACGGAAUGGAGACCAUCUUUCAGGGAAUACCGUCCCUAUGGAGCACAAAGACAAGUGGAAUUCUCAGUGGAACGACCAGUGGAAAGAUCAGACUAUGAAAGACCAAUAAGAGGCCGUGGUGGGGGAAGAGGCAGAAUGAGAGGUAGAGGAAGAGGUGGUGGAUUAAUUGGAAGUUUUGAUGGAUUUGACCAAAGAAGAAAACGUGAACCGGAAAGACAAAGUGGGAAUGAUAAAACUGGGAAGGAGCAGACUGCAUCUAUGGAGGAGACCGUGGAAACUCCUGAACAGCCAGGGACAUACGAAGAAGAGCCUCUGAGCAAAGCUGCUGAAGGAGAGCCAAUGGAAGAAGUGAUUCAAGAAAUGACAUUAGAUGAGUGGAAAAAUCUUCAGCAACGGAAUCGACCAAAGCCUGAAUUCAAUAUCCGGAAGCCAGAAUCCACUGUUCCUUCCAAAGCAGUGGUGAUUCACAAGUCAAAAUAUAGUGUCGAUUUGCAAAAAGAAGACUUUGAAGAUAAUUCUCAUGUCUUUCGAAAACCAGUGAAUGAUAUAACUUCUCAGCUGGAUAUUAAUUUUGGGAGUCUUCCUCGCCCUGGCCGUGGAUCAAGAGGAGCACGAGGUGGUCGUGGCAGAACACCUGAAGAGAGAGUACCUCGACCAGAAGUGCAGCUUGUUGCUCCAAAUCCUGAUGAUCCUGAGGAUUUUCCAGCGUUAGCUUGAGGACCCAUCCUGAAUGGUGGUAUCUCAAAGUUCCUUUGUAACUGUGAAGAGACCCGUUCUAUGCUGAUGUGGAUUAAGGAAGCCAGUUUCCUUCUGGAAAGUUGUUUGAGUGUUUGGUGUGGAAUGAUUGCAGCUGUCUGCUAAUAGAGUUGUGUUCUGGAGAUAUGGGUGGAUUGGGAUCCUGUCACAGGCUCCAAUGUCUGCCUCCAUUUAGGAAACCUAUGGGAAGGCUUACAGUACUUCCCUACUUGGCUUCAAGUGAAGUUAAAGGGAAGAGUGUUUAAAAAUGUAUAUAUAGAGAUUAUAUCAAGUUCUCCAUGACACCAUGGUGAAAUAUAAACUGUACAACACAAUCCGCAAUUGGGAGUCAAUUUCACUGUAUAUUUGAAAGUUGUUUCCUUUGAGUGAAGUGUAUAUUUCAGACAGUCAAAAGUUUCAGUUCAGAGUUUCACAAAUAAAGAAAAGUGCACAUUGGUUUGGGUUUGAGGUAUUAUUUUAAGAAGUCAGAGUGGUAGGUGGAAGCUUUUGCUAUUUGGAUAUAGUCUGUGGAAAAAAAGUGGGGGGAAAAAACCCAAACCCUAAACAGCAAUUUGUACUCAUCAAAAAAAGUGAACAUCUCUCUAAGUGGAAGUGAUCUUUAAAAUCAAGGCAGCAUAGGUGCUUUGAAUUGACACCCAACUAAGUCCUGCUUAAGCAACAAGAUAGUCUGCAAUUACUUUGAAGAUUAAGUAGAAUUUUAAUCUAAAGACAGAACUAGAUUAUUAAAGAAGUUUUUAAUUUUAGCAAGAGCAACUACAAACGAAAAUGCUAAAUGCCUUACCAAGAAAUUUGUGAUGUUGGGGAUGAGGUGCAAUGUUCUUUCAUUGCAGCUUUAACAUACUUGAGCCAGAUUUUCUGUUCCCUGUCCAAGGGGACAUUGAGAGCCAUUCUGGGGGAUAUGAGAGAAACAAGAAAAUGGUGCCAGAGGUGAUGACAGAAAGAAAUGAGUGGAAAAGCACACUGGGCAUUUUGGAAGUAGCUGUCAGCCUCACAAGAGUCUUCAAAUGCCUGCUCAACUUGAACACAUUCUUUAAAUUUUCUGGGAAAGCAGAUGACUGUAAACCUUCCAUGUUUUUCCAGUUCUGUGCCUCACUUCUAAGCAACUCUAAGCAGUCUCCUUUGAAAAUAAAUAAUGGAUGAAACUUAGAAGAAAAGUUUUUGUUUGGAGUAAGCUCUAAAAGUACGCACAAUCUUUGAAGACUUUGCUCACUGCUAAGGCUUUACUCAAAUAGGAUGUAGUCAUUCUACAAAGACUCUUUUCUGUAAGCUCCAAGCAGAUGGUCUGCAGAGUAGGUAAGCCCAAGGGAUUUGUUUUUGCAUUGUUAAAUUACUUAUAUGACAAUGUGCUGAACAUGAGAUUUUUUUACUCUGCAAGAAGUUCAUUGUAGUGGCAUAGAGAUGCUCUGACUUGCAGUAGGAAGAAGUGCAAAAGCAAAGUUUUGGUGUUAGAGGAACCCAUGCUGCUGCUAUUUGAGUAACUGAACAGGAUGAAACAAUGCACACCUCCUUCACUUUGUAGUCACGAGGUGUUACUUGAAACCACUGCAGUUUAAGAUUUACCUGAUGCUGCCCUUUUUACAGGUGUUGUUUGUUUCUGAAAAAAAUGGCAAUUUAAUCAACGUGGAAUAUAAGUGAUUUUGUCUGUGGGGUAGUUGGAAUAUUUUGCUUGCUCUUCCCUUCUUGUUCCUAUUUUCCCAUUGGACAAGGAAGAAUGUGUCAAUUUUUAUUUAUAUUUUUACUUGCUGGGGUGAGUGAAUGCAUAGAGAUGAGAAGAGCUUGGCAGAGCUUCCUUCUAUUUCCUGUCAUGUUUUGAAUAUAGCCUUCUUUUCCACUGACCUGUUUUCGCUAAGGAAAGUGUUCAUAUAAGUAACCCUCCCUUUUUCUACUAAAAAUUAAAUCUUUGCUAUGCUGUGCUACUGGGCUCAAUCUGCUGUGAUGCAUUCAGUUUUGUUCUGACUGUUCUCUGAGAAAGCCAAGAGAAUUGUUUAUUUUUCAAUCUCCUUCCUGCUGUUGCAAAGUUACUGUUCUUCUAACUUUGAUCUGCCUUUCAAAACAGAAUGACAAAUAGGUUCUUUGGGGAAUGCUUUAAAGGACUUGUCAGUUUUGGUUAGCGGGUUGUAAACUCCUGGUUAAAAGGAGAAAAGGCUGGUUACAAGACUGUUUAUAAUUAAAAACCAUACAAACCAACCAACCAAAACUAAAAAAUACAACCCAUCCAAAACUUUGUGAGAAUGAGAUUCAGUGUAAUUGAUUACUGCUUCAACCAGUAAGAGCAUGUAUGUAUGGCAAUUUUAUUUUUCAGUUUGUCAGACUUGAAUAUGGCUUAAGAGUUUCUCUAGUUGAUGGUAUAUCAAAGUAUAGAAAGGAAAUUAAUUGUAAGUGAUGCAAUUUCUUUGCCUAGCUGUGAGAACUGUAAAUCUCAGUCAUCUGUCAUAUUUAAGGUACCAAAAUAGCUGUAUCUGUUAAGCACAGAUUUGCUGCUAUCACUCCUGGUGUAGCUUUAUUCCUUCAUGUAAAGCAGUUGGCAGCAGGUGUAAAUAUAUAUACAAACACUAGUAGAAUACGUUAUACAUACUAAGAAGGGAUUAAAUUGUGUUGCAGGUCUUAGUCAUGUUAUUCUUUAAUGCACAGCUACCAGUUACUCUUUGGAUUAAUGUAGUGAGUGGCCUAGGAAAAAACGCUGCAUUUCAGGUUUAAGUUUUAGAUUCAUGUUAUGUUGCAGAAAGUUUGCAAAGAAAGGAAUUCACCUCUUCAUUACUGUCAUUUACAUAUGAUAAUGUUGAUAUGAUCUUGUUCAGUUGAAUCAUAUGCAGUAGUACAGUUCAGGAGUGGCAAGUGUAUAUUAAUAUAAAAGUGCCUUUAGAAGAAAGUGGAGAGAAAUGUCUGUGCUUAAGAUAAGAAUACCAAAGAAUUAAUUAAGAGACUAAGAGGUAAAAGCCUUGAGUUUAUGAAUAGGAAUACUGGGCAUUUGAGCCCAUAAGAAAUGAGCUUUCAGCUGGUUACACUUUUUUUUGGUAUGAAAAUGGGCCUUGGGGUAAAAGUAUUGGGCCCAAAUUCAGAAUCUGUACCUCUAGCACACUUAUACCAUUAAGAUUAAGAAUAUUCUUGUAUUAUUCCUAGAGCUUUUUUUUCCUAGAGCUGUCACAGGCACAUACACACAUUUUCUUAUGAAAAACUGAAUAUAUCUGUGUAUAUACACACACACAAACAUAUAUAUACAUGUACAUGCAGUGUUGGAAGUAAUACAAUGCUGACUCAUUAUCAGUGGAUCAAUAGUUGAAUGUGAAAAAUGAUUCUUUGCAUAAAAAUACAUUUCAAUCACUGAAUAUUUGGCACAAAAUCAGAGCUUUUUCUCUUUGAGUAGCAUAUGCUGAGCAAGUACUGAACAGUUUGUGCUUGGAGGGAGGUAGCCUUCAGUCUUUGGAGGAAGCAACAACUGUUACACUUUGGCUGUGUUGCUUAGAAUUUAACUUGAAAUACAUUUUAUCUUCAGCUUUUUGUUUCUUUAUUUUUAUUUCUCAGCAAAUGCCUUUUUGAAUUUGUGAUACAAGUGUUGCAGAUAGCUGUAUCUUCAGCACAGCCUCAGAUACUGCAUCACAUUUAACGACUGUUGGAGAUGAACCAGUGCUAAGUAAAUCGAAUUAAAUUUCUGCUCUCCCUGUUUAGGUAACUAAACUAGUUACUAGUAAAACUGACAAGUGUGGCUGUUCAUAAUCUGUGUUCUGUUGUCUCUACAAUGUUUCACAGCUAGUUAACAGGACUCAAUAAGCUGUUACUUGCUUUUAGCAAUAGUAUUUCUUCUGUUGAGAUUUGUACAGUAGUUACUGUUUGAGCGAAAGAUACUGAAUUGUGUACUGGAAUUAAGUCAGCGGGAUAAUUCUGCUAAAACAUAAAAAUAACAGCAAGGUACAAAAUCUUUUUCUCAUGCCAGAAGAAAAUAAUAAGCUGACACAUUCUGAUUCAGGAAUUCUGUACAUGUUAGUUGUUCGAUUAUAUUUCAGUUGCUUAUGGAUUGAGUGCUUCUUUCUGGAGUUUUUGCUAGCUCUAGCAAAGGCUUGGAACCUUAGAGGGUAUUGUAGGAAAAGAAAAACCCAAUGAAACUGCCACUGGAGUGAAAGAAUACCAGAGGCUAGAAAGGUUUGAUCAGUGUGAAGAAGAGAUGGAACUCUUUAAAAAUAGGUAUGAUGCUGGUGCGAAGAGACGGACAAAAAGCACCUAGAAGCAUGAAAGCAGGACAAAUAUAAUGUGUUUUAGGUACUGAACUAGAGAUUCAGUCCAGUGAGCAUGCCAUUUUGGGAAGAAUGGUGAAAGAUCAACCUAGAUUACUAGUAAACAUGAACUCAGGAAGAAAUACAAGAAUAUCUAGAGAAAAGUUGUUUUCAGAGGAGUGAUAAUGAAGAGCUUGAGCUCUUCCACUGAGCAGAAAACAAUGUAAUUAUUCUGCUGUCUUAAAAGAAUGGCAUCAAAGCACUGACAGAGGCAAAAGCAAGCUCAUAAGGGUAAGAAGUGACGUUUCAUUAUUUACCCUCCUACUAUUGGCAUCACUCUUGCUUUGGAUUUUCUUGCAUUAGUAAUAGCUGCUAUCAGGGGUCUGUUCCCAUUGUGCUGUCAGGGUACAAAGCCUUUGGGGUUUGCGGCUUUAUCCUGUUAGUGCUGUAACUGAGCUGCAGUAACUGGCAUGGUUGGAGGUGCUAGUGGCACAGAAGAGCUUCUCAUCUGCUGCUAUGCUCUUAUGCAGCAGGGCCACCACAUGCUGGGUUGAGGAAUCAAGAACACCAGUGGCUGCUUGGCCUCUCUGGAAUCUUCAUCAGCCUUGAGAACUAGGACAGACUUUGAUAGAAGGGACAUGAAUGGAGUUGUUUAAAGGACAGACUUUCUAGGUGCGUUCUUUCACCCCCUUUGUGACAGUCCAGCACUUAACAAGGCUCUUGGAAAUACCCCAUGGAUGGAGGGUGCAUGUUUAAUACCAGAUUUACUUACUUGAAGAUGGUUCAUGUCACAUGGCAUUUCUAGUUUGGAGUGAUACAAAGUAUACCAAAAACAUAAAAAUGUAAUAUUAUAAUUAAUGUAGCAAUUGCAGAACACAGAUCCUUCACAAUACCAAUAUUGGUCCUUAGGAAAUACGUCCUCACUGUCAUCAUGUGAGGUGUCCUCAGGUGUCGAGAAGGAAUGGGGAGGGUUGAUCAGUUAAAGCCCAUUGUUUUCUUUGAAAUUCUUAUGGCAGUUGUCUGACUUUUAUUUCUAUGUAUAUAUUCUCCCCAUGCUGGCCUGGUCUUCAUUCUUGCUGAAAAAGUACUGGUUGAUCCAACUUAACUUUGAUAGCCAUUUAUCCAAAACAAAGGCCACCCCGUGUUCCUUCUGAGUUGAGAUAAAGUCAUCUUUAUAACUGCUCUGGUUCAUCUUUUCCUGAGCUUCAAAAGCACAUCACCUUUUUCUGUGUUCUCUUGACCUUAUUCCAUAUUUAGGACUUUUCACAUCCAUAUGAAACCAAUCCCAGAACCAGAAGUGCAAGAAAAAUACAUUUCUUCCUCAACAAACCCUUGGUGAGAUGCCAGAAGUUCAGAAAAUGAAUGUGCAUGGCUUAUACCCAUGUAUGUAUCUAAUAUGAACUGAAAUAUGAGCCAGCAGUGUGCCCUGUCGCCCAGAAGGCUGCUAGUGUUCUGGGGACCAUCAGGAAGAUCACUGCCAGCAGGUCAGAGGAGGUGAUCCUGCCCCUUUACUCAGCCCAGGUGAGGCACGUCUGGAGUGCUGUGUCCAGUUCUGAGCUGCCCAGCACAAGACAGACAUGGAGCUCCUGGGGAGAGUCCAGUGGAAGGAUAUGAAGAUGAUGAAGGGACUGGACAUCUCUCUUAUGAGGAAAGCCUCAGGGAGCUGGGUCUGUUCAGCCUCCAGAAGAGAUGACAGAGGGGACUUCAUCAUUGUCUGUCAAUAUCUGAAGGCAGGGUGUCUAGAGCCAGGCUCUGCUUGGUGGUGCUGAGCAACAGGAGGCACUGGGCACAAACGGGUGUACAGGAAGUUCCACCGGAAUGUGAAGAACUUCUGAACUUCUGAACCCAACACCCAAACUUCUUUACUGUGCAGGUGACUGAGCUCUGGAAGAUUGUCCAGAGAGGUUGUCAAGUCUCCUGCACUGGAGAUUUAAGAAUCAUUUGGAUGCAAUCCUGUGCCAUAUAGUCUGGGAUGACUCUGCAUGAGCAGGGAGGUUGGACCACAUGACCCACUGUGGUCUAUUUCAACAUUUAUGCAUUCUGUGAUUCUGUGAAGCAUUAUGAAUUCUCAAGAUAGCAUUUUGAACAAACAUUUAAAUAUUCAUCUUUUCAGUAUCAUAAGGUAGCCCUUACUUCCCAAAAAAUUUCAUCUGUUCAAAACAAAGAAAGAAAAUAAUAGAAGCUCUAAGUGGAAAUGUGACUUAUAAUAAAAAUAGCCACUAGGAAACCAAAACAACCACAAAAACAUCCUUGUAAGUUUGCUGCAUUUGCCAAAGGGAGAUAACAAGAUGCCUUAUGGGAUCAGCUCAGAGCCAGCCAUGAGCAAAGUAGAAUCUUUAACAUCAUCUGCUCUUCAGUUGAUAUGUCAUUUUUACAUCUCAGAUAUAUGCCACUUCAGUGGGCUACUCUACAGGAAAGAAAAAUUGAAAUCACUGUGAACAAAACAUUUGCUAAAUUAUCAUACAGACAUUUUAAAAUCAGACUAGAAUUCUAGACAUCCAAGGCUGAUAGCAUCUCAAGGAAAAGAGACAAGCUUUCAUUUACACCACUGUUUGACAGGUUGCUGCAAAUAAACACCCAGAGCUGUCUUUGAGCCUCACAGCUGUCAGCUAAGGAGCAGCAACAGUGCUAUCACAGCUUUUAUUAGAAUGCUGCUGCAUAUAUGUUAAAGGUGAGAGAAGAAACCAAUGCAUGGAAUUUUGGUUUAGCACAAUUACACUAACAACCUCACUUGAUAGCAGGAGCUUCAAUAGAUAGGUUUUAUAAUGAAUGUGAGAUGAAGAAGUAGAGGUACAGGAAAAUUGUGUCAAAAUGUCAGCAUGAAAAACAUAUCCCAAACUAUAUUAGAGAAGUGUAAGACCUCAGGACACCUACCUUACUCCUUUGGAGCUGUUCACAUAAAAUAGUAUGUCACACAACUUCCAGAAACACCAACAAACCCAUCUGAUGUACACAAAGUUUUUCUAACUCAAUGAAUAUGAUAAAAAAAUGAAAAAAAACAACCAACCACCACCAAAGCCCCACAAAAAAGAAACAAAAAAAACCUAAUCAAAAAACUCCCAAAACCCUGCAGGCUAUAGGAUGUUGUAAUAGUCACACUAUUAAACAUACAUUUACAUUCUAAGAAUUUUUCAUCUCCAAUUAAUCUGUAAUAGAAACA